GAAGCGAUUCGUUUGAAUCCAGAAUACGAACACGCGUUCAAUAAUUUGGCGAAUAUUCUCAAAGAAUUUGGAAAAUUGCAAGAAUCCAAACAAUUGCUUAUGAGAGCUGUCAACAUAAAGCCCACGUUUGCAACUGCCUGGAUGAAUCUAGGAAUAGUGGAAACUGCGCUCAACGAGUAUAGAGAAGCAGAGAUUAGUUACUUAAAGGCCAUCAAACAUAGGAAUCGUUACGCCGACUGUUUUUAUAAUCUAGGAAAUUUGUAUGUCAAACAAAACCGUUUUGAAGACGCGUUUAUCGUUUGGAGAAAUGCCACUCAAAUCAAACCCAAACUGUUGUCGGCAUUCAAUAAUCUAAUCCUUAUGUUGGAUAACAUGGGGUCCUAUGAAAGAGCGCUUACCAUAGGAGUGGAAGCGCUUCAAUACCAUCCAAAUGAAAGUUCAUUGCAUUUUAAUUUCGCUAAUGUUUUGGGAAAAAUGGGAAAAUUUAAUGAAUCGGAGAUACACUUCAAGAAAGCGAUCGCUUUGUCGCCACAAAAUGCUAAUUAUUUCUCCAAUUUUGGUGUUCUUUACCACCGAUGGAAACAGCUCAGCAGUGGAUCCUCUCCAAGACAUCCUUCCAAAACUGGUUCCAUAAGAGAUGCCGUUAUUAAGGCAUUCAAUGGCAUUAAGCGGUGGCAGAGCGGAGGCACCGCU